UUACAACCCCAGUCAAAGGCUUGCUUUAUAAUAAAGCUGGACCGUAUGGUCUUUUAUCUAUUAUAUUUCUGAAACAGAGGAACUAUAUUCUUUGGGCUUAUUAUCAUUGAGCGGCCCAACCCAGGUUGCGUGGAGUUAGACCGUUGAUUAGCCGUGGUCCGGCCCGUUCAACGCCCGCAGCCCAUCCAGCAGUAUGCGCGAGCCUCUCACAUCUUUCUGCCACUCCGCUCCGCCGCUCCCGGCUCCCCUUCGCCGUUGGCGACUCGAACCGUAGCCUCCCCCGUCGCCGCCGGGAUGUCCUCGCCGGCGCUGCCUCCGGACGCCGGCGCCCCUUCGUCUCUGCACCGCCUUCCUCCGCGUCGCCCGCUUCCUCCGCCGCAACCGGUCCCUCUACCGCCGGCCCGUCGUUGGGUUUCUCCAGUUCGAACUCCGCUCCGCCCCCCACCGCCGCCCUCCCUCGCUCCACCACGCCGAGCCGCCGCACCGCUUCGCGUUGUCCGGCCGCGCCCUCGCGCAGCUCGUCGACCUUACCUUCUCCUUCCUCCCCGACCCCAGCACCUGGCGGAUCUGCGAUGCCGGCGACGGGCGCAUUCUCCUGGCCUCGCGCACCGCCGACACCACCGAUGAAUUCGUGGACCUCGUGGUCUGUGAUCCUUUGCACCGCCGGUACGUCCGGAUUGGGAUCCCCGACGAGCGGAAAGUAGCCCAACACGGCCCAACAUACAGAAGAACCCAGCAAAAAGUAGCCCAAACUCACUGACUGGACCGAACCUCACUUUCGAGUUCGGGCUCAGUUCCUCUGCCCACACAGCCCACCUCCCUCCUCCCCGCGCGAUGGCGGCGACUCCGGCGAGCGGCGGCGGCGGCGCGUACUCGUGCGAGACGGCGGCGCGGACCCGCGAGUGGAUGGAAGCCCUCGCCGCCUUCCUCGGCCGCCACCGCCCGCUGCUCGAGGCGCACGUCGUCAACUUCUUCAAGGACAGGAUGUGGGAGCUGGUGGACGCCGAGUGGAUGGAGUGCCUCCGGCGGGAGCCCGUGGGGAGCUUGCUCAAGCUGCCAUCCGGAUGCGUCCAGGAGCACUGGCCCGCUACGCUGCGAGAGUUUGUGCUUACUGCUAGGUCGCUUGUUGUUCCACGGGAGCAGAAGGCUCCGCAGUCGCUUGUACCUGAUAUUCAUGUAGCUUCAAUUGGCACCGUUCUCGCUCAAGGCAUGAACUCAAAGAAGAAGCACGAAAUUGAAAAUCUAGCUGCAGUGGUUCAUGCGAUUGCUAAGAGUUGUGGAGCCAAGACAGUGGUUGAUGUAGGUUCUGGCCAGGGUUAUCUCGCACAAACUUUAUCCUUUGAGUACCAACUCCCUGUUGUAGCGAUAGAUGCUUCAUCACAUCAUGCAUCAGUUACAAUUGCUCGUGCAGAGAGAAUAAAGAAGCACUAUGCUGCUAAAUGGUGCAACCUUCAUGUGGAGAAGCAACUGCUCACAGUACCUAGGACUGUCACCUGUCAUGUUCUUUCUAGUGACACAUUGGCAGCUGUCACGCUAGAUGCAUGUAAGGAUAACCACGGUGAACAUGUAAGCGAAACUAAGGCCUGUACUAUGAAAAGCCCACAAAUUCUGGAACCAACUCAGAACAGUCCUCCAUUAAUCCUUGCUGGUCUUCAUGCUUGUGGUGAUCUCUCAGUUAACAUGCUAAGAGUUUUUGUGUCCUGUGAACAAGUAAAAGCAUUGGUAAGCGUUGGCUGCUGUUACAACUUACUUUCUGAGGAUUCUUAUGAGGACACAAACACCUGUUCUGGUUUUCCUAUGAGCAAGGCUGCCAAACUAUCUAAAUUGGUGCUUGGGAAAAGCAUUCGUGAUCUUGCUUGUCAGAGUGCAGAGAGAUGGAGAAGUCUCACCGUGGACAUUGCGCUGCAAAAUUUUGAUGUACAUGCCUUCCGAGCUGCAUUUCAAAUGGUACUUGAGAAAUAUUUUCCAGAAGUGUCAAGGUUGAGUCCAUCAAUUGGAAGGCAAGGAAAAGCUCUUCGACGUCAGAGGCUUCGGAAAGUUGUGGAAUCACAAAUGGCUACGGAGAAAAUUGAUGAUCUCUCCUGUUCAACUUUAAAGGAACAAAACAUGAACACAGAUAAUGUUGAUUCAGUCAUAUAUGGAGUUGACACAGGACCAGAUGACAUCCAUCAUGAUCAAUGUCGAAAGUUUGCCCUUUUCAAAGAUUUCGCACUAUCAGGAUUAGGUCGCCUUGGCUGUGGCUCAGUGGAAGACAUGAGUCUGCUUGAAGUAUGGAAGAGCGUGCAACCCUUCUCUGAAUAUAUAGGUCCCUUUUGGUGCCUUCGGGCUGCUUUAGGUCCACUGGUGGAAACAUAUAUUUUACUUGACCGGUUAUUGUUUCUUCAAGAGCAAAGCAGCCUAGUUGAAGCAUUGUUGUUUCCUCUAUUUGAUCCUACUAUGUCUCCAAGGAACAUGGCCAUAAUUGCUUGGAAGUUAUCUGCAAAUUCUUCAGAAGCAUGACAUGGUAAAUCUUCUGAUGCUGGAAUAUGUAGGUUGAUGAAAUGUUGUGUUGUUACCAAAGACAGUCUAAUGGCAGAAACGUGAUCCUUCAUUAUAUUUUGAUACAAUUAUUGUAUUUGUUGUUUUGCUGUAUACAACAAAAACUGAAGAUAGUCUUAGCUUUGAAAUUAUGAUAGCAAUGCAUUAUGAGACUGUUCUCAUAUACUUGCUGCAACCUAGCUUCUCCCAGAUUGUAUUUUGCUGCUUGUGUGAUGUUCAGAUUUUGCGAGAAUGUGGCAGGCCAUCUAGCCUGCUCGAGACUUUCAGUAUAUCUGCACAGGUAAGAAAGAAACCUCCAGCAGACUAGAUCCUGCAAAUCUAGUUGCAGGAAUGUGCAAGAUACUGCCCUCGAAGAGUGUGCCUUUAUCCAUUGAAUGCUAAGUCAACAUCUAGAUUGAUUCCAUGGCCUUUAGUGCUUGCUUGUUUGCUUGUUUUUCUAAAGUGAUCAUGAAACAAGUUGCCAUGGAACAUUAUCAUUCCUGCAAUAUGUGUAUACGUGUUCUAUGCAAGAACUUAUGUACAUGUCAUCACUCAUUGCUGUUAUAUCGGCCUGAAAGAAAAUGGCAUUCGGACAACAGAAACAAAAGAGGAUUUUGCUUCAGAUACUCCUAGGCUUUUGCCUGCCUUGCAUAUCCUGAUGCAAUUGGUAAAGUUAUGUCUGAUCAUGAGAACCUAUGAUUCAGCAGGGUUGACAUAGAGGGGCAAAUGAUCAUUUAUGCAAUGCUGAAAGAGGACCAGCAGAAGAGGUUGACUUGCGUUUUAUGCACAUGUGCUAUCCACAUGGUUCCAUCAGUAUGUUUGUGGUUUCAGGUUUGUCCUUGCUUAUCCAUGCAUGUCAUAUGUGCGUGUGUAUGGCGUGUAUACAUUUUUUAGUCCUUUGGUGAUUUGACUUACUGUUCUUAUCAUAUAAGCAUUUAUUUAAUGGGUUUUUUAUUAACUCCUUGAAUUGUUUGUACUCCACCCUGCAGUUUGUUAGUUUUCUACUCUUCUGCUGCAGGCUUGACAACUAAAGAAAGGGCUUGGUUAAUUGCCACUCCCAAAAAAAAACUUCCAUGUUGACCAGUCAUUUAUUCAGUCUUAUUCUCCACUCGUGGUUUGAUAGUUUAGAGGGAAGUGAUGAGAGCAGCAGAGGUGCUUGGUGUAAAGGCUAAAUAAUCCCUGGGCCAUCAUGGUAGCUCAAGAGCAACAAGCUGUCAUAUCAUUUGUGGAUGUGGUUUUACAAUGCAAUUUGACCAACUGAAGUUAUAUCCUUGCAUUGGCCUGCUGUCAGAAUCCUGAAUUUGUUCAGCCGUUGUCAUGAGAGUGACGGUGCCUGUACUUCCGAUGAUGGAUCAGUGUCAAGGUGGACACUCAUCAGAGCCGUCGCGGCCCUUCUUUCCGUCCUCGAGCCCUUAUCCAGAUUUGCACACCCGGAGGUGGGCGACGAGGUCGCUGGUCAAUUCGAGCUGCUUUUCACCGAUGCAGCCAGCAGCAUCCGGGAGAGGUAAUGGCACACAGCUCUUGACCUGGAAGCUCUGCCCUUCUGGUGUGAUGGACUGAUGGUGGCCAGCCAAUAUCUUAUGGCUUGACUUGUCCGAGACCGCCGAAGAGCCUUUGGAGUUUGGAAGAAGCAUGGCCGUGUCUUCGGUCACUGGCUGGGUUAGUGGCUGUGAUCAUAUGCUGCACUUGCAGAGGAAUCUGGCACUGGAGAGAUGAGAACUUCUUUGAGAAUUGAGAUGGAUGGAUCAAAUCAGUUUGGCCUGUGGUCGUCAGUUUCAGACGACCCGAAGACUGUUUCAGCUCAACUGCAUAAAUUCCGAAAUACAGUACUAUCAAUGGUUUUUGCAGUGACUUUUUUUGUAUUUCGAAAAUAAAAAUGUAAGUUCUUUCUUUUUCCAAAAUAUAAACGUUUUUUUUUCCCUGGACAGGCCUGGUUUGCUUUUUGUCGCGACGUGAGGCAUGGCAAGGGAGAGGAGGGAUGGGAUGGGAGGCCGCUGGCUGGGAUCGCUCACGUGAUGCGGCUGCGCAACGGCAACGGCCGGUGCCGCCGCGGCGACACGGGAUCACGCGGCAGGGGACGCGCCGCGCGCGUGUUUGGUGUGACGGCGGCGUACGCGCCGCUCGCAUGCCAAGAUCCAUGCGCGUAACCGAACCGGCAUCGGCCGGCGGCGGUCUUCGGCUUCCUGCCUCCGUCCGCCGCCGUGAGUUCGACGCGGCCACUUGCUCCUCCGGCCGGUCGGGGGCUACUGUUACCGGGAUGCUGCACGUGUCGCCUUGCCCGUGGUGCCACGUAGCCCGCCUCCAUCCUCUGCCAAUCGAAGACUGCGCAAGUCUUUGUUAGUCUCGGUGUCUAAGAGCAUGUUUGGACCGCAGUGAUUUCGCUUGGAUUUUAUCCGAGUCUUCGGCGGAUUUGCGGAAGGUCUCGCUUGUUCC